AUGUCGACGACCCUUGUGUUGCUUCUUCUCCUCGACAACGGCGGCGCCCUAACAUUGCAAAAUGGGGACCACGAACUCGCGGUCAACUCACUGGCCGUCGUCGUCGUCGUCGUCGUUGCGGUAGUCCUCGUCGUUUUCUAUAAGAAGGCCGUGUCUCUUGUGCCCUUGGGGCCAAUUUCUGGGAGCUUGGCUGCAGGUCCCGGCCUGCCAGCUGGUUUCCCCCGUGCCGUGGACUCGCCGCUGGUAUGGGAAGGCGCCCAGUUCGAGAAUGAGAAGGAAUAUGUGCUCCACAUGCACGAAGCCGACGUAGAGGAGGCAAACAACGCCCUGCGGUGCUUCAAAGAAUUUGGCCGCCAGGGCUACGAAGUGUCUCGAGAUACCUUUCCUCUACCCAACCUGGGGAAGAGGCUCGAAGCUCUGAAGCUGGAGAUACACCAAGGACGCGGAUUCGGGGUGGUGCGCGGCCUGCACCCCGAAAAGUAUUCGGUCGAAGACCUCAGCAUGCUACAGCUCGGUCUGCAAUGCUACAUUGCCAAUCGCCACGGCCGACAGGACCGCAAGGGCAACAUGAUGGUUCACAUCAUCGCGGACGACUCAUCGGCAGCCGCUGCAGGACACCACCGCCACUCGACAAACCCCAUUACCUUUCACAAUGAAGAGGCGGGAGACGUUGUGAGCUGGAUGACGAGGAGCACGGCAGCAUCGGGUGGCCGGUGCAUCAUUGCAUCGUGCUACACGGUGUACAAUGUGCUGGCCCAAGAUCGCCCGGACCUCCUCCGCGUACUUGCUGGUGCCGACUGGCCUUUCGCGUUGCCGCAGUUCCAAAGCCGUCCAAUCCUCUUCCACCACGAAGGUCGCCUGAUGAUGAACUUUGGAAGGACGCCACUGAUCGGCAACCAGACACACCCGCGCUGCGAGAGCCUGCCCUCGUUGAGCGAGCGGCAGCUCGAGGCACUGGACGCGGUGGAGAAGAUAGCCCGGGCGACGGAGCUUGCGAUCACGACCAAGCCUGGUGACCUGCACUUCAUCAACAACCUCGCUGUCCUCCAUAGGCGCCAGGGGUUCGUCGAUGGAGCUGCGGCUGCGGAAAAGCGACAUCUGGUGCGCAUGCGACUGCGGGACGAUCAGCUGGGGUGGGCGCUCCCCGAUGAGCUGCGCAACGAGUGGUACCAGGCCUUUGACGAGCACCGACGAAGCAAGGUGUGGCACCUAGUGCCUAUGCCCCCGGGGUACUACCCACUUCGAGCGCAGCCCAACUAG